AUGGCUAGCAGCAAAAGGCCACUUCGAGUCUUAAUUGCCGGCGCGGGCAUUGCAGGCUUGGCGACGGCGAUUUCACUUACACGGAUCUCUGGCAUACCAGACCUUGAUAUCCAGCUUUUUGAGCAAAGCCCCGAGCUGCGGGAAAUUGGAGCCAGUAUUGCGCUGAGCCCCAACGGUUUACGAACGCUUGAGAGGCUUGGAGUCGACUCUGCCCUAAGCGACGAGGUCGGGUUCAGAGGACCAAGCGGCAUACCACACAUCUACAGACACUGGAAGACAAACCAGGUAGUCUCGGUUGACACCUUCUCUCACGUCUCCGAUCGUCGCCAUCAAACGACGAGAUUCCAUCGAGGUCACCUUCAUGCUGCGUUAUUAGAGCACGUCCCAAAGACUUGGAUACAUCUGAACAAGAAGAUAUCCCGCGCUGAAGCCAAUGAUGAUGGCGUUGCUCUCUAUUUUGAAGAUGGGACCAGCGCUGAUGGUGAUGUCUUGUUUGGAGCAGAUGGAAUUCGAUCACAAGUCAGAGGCUCUUUCUACCCCGAUUAUAAGUUAAGAUUCAGCGGGAAGGUGUUCGUGCGAUCUACGUUUGACGCCUCUCUGGUUGAGGGCAAAGUUCCCGACUUGCCCGCCGACGCUGCUCACUGGUGGGGAACUAAAGAUACGUUUUUCGCGUCAAGGCUUGGCAAGGGUCUAUACACUGUCGUCGGUGCCUACGAUGAUGGCCGUAGUGUCGAAGAAUUGGAAAAGUCUAUAACAUGGGACCAAGCAGGCAAUGUCCAAUUCUUGAAAGAGAAAUAUAAGGAUUGGCAUCCCGUUAUUAAGAGGCUGACCGAACUGACGCCACACGCCCGCCUUUAUCCCAAUUACGCCGGAGAUGCUCUUCCUUCGUGGGUUCCAGCUCCCCGCGUGACUCUUGUAGGUGAUGCCGCGCACACACACGGAGGCAGUUUCGCCGCAGGUGGGUCGCUGGCCCUCGACGACUCUCUCGCCCUUGGACUGGCUUUUAGGCACAUCUUUUCAUCUGGUGCGGCCCCUGUACCAUUUUCUCAGGAAAACAUCAAAGCCGCAUUGGGCCUGUACGAUGAAACCAGAAGGCCGCAUACCGCUCGCUUGUUGAGCAUCGUCCAUGGCCUGAUCAACCGCAAAUUGCCGACAUUUGCCACUCCUAAAGAAGAAGAUGAAGCUCUUAGGGCUAGAAUGAGAAACCGACCAGAUCUCCAGUGGCUAUCUGAGCACGAUGUGGAGGAAGCCUUUGCGCAGGUGACUGCGAAAUACGAGCAGCAGAGGUCGAGCUCGUCAGAAGCGCCGAAGACACCGAGAUCAGGUCAUCUACCCGAAACCGCCUUGCGAGCAGCUGAAAGCAAGCUAUAG